AUGGUGUUACCUGGAACUGCUUCUAGAAUGUCCUUUACUCUUAUCAGUAAAUCAUCGCUCUAUCGAAGCAAUGCGCCAUUACUGUUUUACGAGCAGUUAACGAAGCGGUGCAUGUCUCUGCAGUCGUUGCUGUCCACGCGAUUGCUGCGUGCUGCUUCGCUUUGUGAUUCCACUUACGAUGGUGUCAUUCUAGUCACAAAUUGUGCAAAACUCGUAGAUGAGACUCCCGCUCUGAAGGACGUUUCACCAGCUGUUCAGGAUUUUAUACAGGUUCAUCGUGGAGCGCUAACCUCUUCUAACAUUGUACCAGUUGACAAGAAGAUUAUCCCAUCCGGACGGCUUAUCCUCGCUGGGACAGGGCCAGUAACGAGAGAUUUUGAUGACGUGCGUCGUUUUCAAACAGCGGCGAAGAACGGAGUGAAACUAGCGCUCUCGGCUGGAAUUAAAUCCCCACUGCUGGUCACUGUGCCGCAUCCUCGACAUCCACAGGCAGAAUUGGUAUCUGCAUUAGGAGCAUUACUUCCUCUCUACACACCUUUGAAUGUUCGAGAAGAAGAGCCUACAAAUAAAUUUGACCAACUAGGAUUGCUACCAAUUCGUUUCGAACGUCUAGUGGAUCUUGUUGAAGCCUAUGAAGCUGCUUUUACUGUGUGUCGUGAUGUCGGUGAGACUGGACCGGAGAGGAUGUCACCACCUAAUACAGCGGAGUAUGUGAAGUCGGCUUUCCUUGGUGGAAAUGUAAAGGUCGAGGUUACUGAGGACCAGAAAUUAAUAGAGAAGGAAUAUCCCCUUAUGGCAGCGGUGAAUCGUUGUGCUAAUACCGUUAAAGAACAUCAGGCUCGUUUGGUUCGUCUGGAAUAUGUUGGAGAAGGCGACAUUAAGGACACCUACAUGAUGGUUGGCAAAGGUGUCACCAUCGAUACCGGUGGCUGCGAUUUAAAAACUGGUGGAAACAUGUGGGGAAUGUGCCGUGACAAGUAUGGAAGUGCCGUGGUGGCUGGCUUCUUCAAAGUAUUGGAUAUUCUAAAACCGAAACACGUUAAGGCUAUUGGUUACAUGUGUAUGGUCCGUAAUAGUAUUGGUGCCAAAGCAUAUACAUGUGAUGAAGUGAUCAAAUCACGAAGUGGAAAGCGCAUUCAUAUCUAUAACACUGAUGCCGAGGGACGUAUCACUAUGCUUGAUCCUUUGACGAGAGCGAAGGAAGAGGCUCUUAAUGAAGUGAAUCCCCAUUUGAUGACACUUGCCACACUAACAGGACAUGAGGUUUUGACGUACGGGUACUAUGCUGCAAUAAUGGAUAAUGGACCAGCGAAAAAGAGUGGAUGGGCUCGCAAGAUUCAAGACACUGGUGACACCUACGGCCAACCGAUUGAAAUCAGCCGGCUCCAGCCAGAGGACUAUGAAUUUCAUAAAGCGGAAUGUGAGCAGGCCCAUAUACGUCAAGGUAAUACAAAGCCAUCGACAGUGACGUUACGAGGUCACCAAACACCUGCUGCAUUUUUGAUUAUGGCAUCACGGCUGGAUGAACAUGGCUCUGAUAGUAAACAUCCGCUGAAGUUCACGCAUAUCGAUAUUGGGAGCGCUGCAGGCGAACAUCCAGACACGAGUUUACCAAAUCCACUGGUGACUUUGGUAGCUGAAUUGAUCCUACCGAAGAUCUGA